AUGGCCCGCAGACCCGCGACGGGCGCCCACGGCGAGGAGUUCUCCUUCGUCAGCCCGCUGGUGAAAUACCUGCUCUUCUUCUUCAACAUGCUCUUCUGGGUGAUCUCCAUGGUGAUGGUGGCUGUGGGUGUUUAUGCUCGGCUGAUGAAGCAUGCAGAAGCAGCCCUGGCCUGUUUGGCAGUGGACCCCGCCAUUCUGCUGAUCGUGGUGGGUAUCCUCAUGUUCCUGCUCACCUUCUGCGGGUGCAUCGGGUCCCUCCGUGAGAACAUCUGCCUCCUGCAGACGUUCUCCCUCUGCCUCACUGUGGUCUUCCUGCUCCAGCUGGCCGCUGGGGUCCUGGGCUUCGUCUUCUCUGACAAGGCCCGAGGGAAGGUGAGCGAGAUCAUCAACAAUGCCAUUGUGCACUACCGCGAUGACUUGGACCUGCAGAACCUCAUUGAUUUUGGCCAGAAAAAGUUCAGCUGCUGUGGAGGGAUCUCCUACAAGGACUGGUCCCUGAACAUGUACUUCAACUGCUCGGAGGACAACCCCAGCCGCGAGCGCUGCUCCGUGCCUUACUCCUGCUGCUUGCCCACUCCCAACCAGGCAGUGAUCAACACCAUGUGUGGCCAAGGUAUGCAGGCCCUUGACUACCUGGAAGCUAGUAAAGUCAUCUACACCAAUGGCUGUAUUGACAAGCUGGUCAACUGGAUACAUAGCAACCUCUUCUUGCUUGGCGGUGUGGCACUGGGCCUGGCCAUCCCCCAGCUGGUGGGAAUUCUGCUGUCCCAGAUCCUGGUGAACCAGAUCAAAGACCAGAUCAAGCUUCAGCUCUACAACCAGCAGCACCGGGCUGACCCGUGGUACUAA